AAAUGAUUGGUUAGAGACUGCGAUGACGCCUGGGUCACGUGGUAAGAAUCGUGCGUGCGGCUUUUUUUUCAGUACCCGGACACUGAAAGAAUGGGCAAGUGCCGGGGUCUGCGUACAGCUAGGAAACUGCGUAACCAUCGCAGGGAGCAGAGAUGGCAUGACAAGCAGUAUAAGAAGGCUCACCUGGGCACUGCCCUGAAGGCCAACCCAUUCGGAGGGGCAUCUCAUGCCAAAGGCAUUGUGCUUGAGAAAGUGGGCGUUGAAGCUAAGCAGCCCAACUCUGCCAUCAGGAAGUGUGUCAGGGUGCAACUCAUCAAAAAUGGCAAGAAGAUCACAGCUUUCGUCCCCAAUGAUGGCUGUUUGAACUUCAUUGAGGAAAACGAUGAGGUGUUGGUGGCAGGAUUUGGUCGGAAGGGGCACGCCGUUGGUGAUAUUCCUGGUGUCCGCUUCAAGGUGGUCAAAGUAGCUAAUGUCUCACUACUGGCCCUUUACAAAGGCAAGAAAGAAAGACCUCGAUCAUAGAAUGUAUACAGUCAAACAAUAAAAAGUGGAAAAUA